AUGACUUGGUUGCACCCCCUACUCAGUAAAGCUUCGAAGGAUAAUAUUACUGAAAGAGACUUGCCCAAACUGGACUCUGACUUCAAAUCUGCGGUUAUGAGUGAAAAGCUAACAUACUAUUGGGACCGGUCCUCAAGAAAGGACGCUUUUGGUCUUAUGUUUGCUAUGAUUAAGUCAGUAAAGUGGGAGUUGAUUAUUAUGAUUGUUGCUGAGCUUUGUCAUAAUCUGCUUGGGUACGGUCAGGCUUUUGUGUUGAAUCGGUUGAUCCGAUUUGUAGCUGUAUAUGGAAGUGAAGAUGCUGAACCAGUAGCUGUGGGAGUUUACAUUUCCUUUCUAAUUCUUUUCGUGAAUACUGCUAGUACUUUACUGAUGAAUGUUUCCCACAUGACAAUGGUAAGACUGAUGAUGUCUGUUAGUGGCUGCGUCUACGGCACAAUUCUCCGUAAAGCACUUAAAUUAUCGCCAAAGUCUCGCGAAACAAAGACUUCUGCACAGAUUAUGAAUAUUAUGACAGUUGAUAUUGGAGAGAUUCAAUUCUGCUUCCAGAUCAUGACUACUAUUAUCACUGCUCCCGUUCAGGUUAUUAUUUGCUUCUACAGUCUCUACUCGUUCCUUGGAUUUAGUUUUGUAGGAGGCUUAGGAGUUAUGGCCAUAGCAAUUCCUGUUAAUGCUUUCCUUUCAACCUUCUUGAAUAAAUAUUACAAAGCUAUGUUCGAGGCAAAAGAUGAGCGUACGAAAGUUACCAGUAACAUCUUCUCUACAGCAAAGAGCUUGAAACUUUACGCAUGGGAGAACCCCUUUUUAGAACGCCUUAGUAAGGUGAGAAACGGCAAGGAAGUUGGACUUAUCCGCAAGUCGAAAGUUUUCAAUGCAGCUUUUAAUGCAAUUUGGGAGCUUGUUCCCUAUCUGAUUUCAUCUGCUAUUUUUACUUGUUUUCUGGUCUUCCAGGAUCAGCCAUUGACAGCUGAGAUUGUUUUCCCAUCACUUAUCCUGUUUAAUCUUCUGAAUGAACCUAUGGCAAUAGUGCCCUUGGCAGUUGCCACAAUUAUUCAGACCAGGGUUUCCUUCGAAAGAAUUGCUGGUGUCCUUGCUGCAGAUGAGUAUCAGACUGAGAAAAUACACCGUGACCUAGAUGCGGAUGUCAAAUUUGAUGAGCCUGCAGUGAUCUUGGAGAAUGCAGUGGUGGCUUGGAAUGAGAGCGAAGACGGUGUGGUUGCCUUGGACGAUAUUAAUUUCACUGCUCGCAAAGGUGAGUUAUCCUGUAUCGUAGGCAAAGUAGGUGCUGGCAAAUCAGCCUUGUUAAAGACUAUAUGUGGUGAGCUUUAUGUGAAGGAAGGUUCUGUCACAGUAAAGGGGGAUAUUGCAUACGUUCCUCAAGAACCAUGGCUUUUGAAUCAAACUCUGAAGGAUAAUAUUCUGUUCAAGAACAGAUUUGACCCUGAAUUCUAUCAAAAAACUUUGGAAGCCUGUGACUUGAUCAAUGAUAUUAAAAAUUUACCUGAUGGUGACGAAACUGAAAUUGGUGAAAAGGGUGUCAGUCUUUCUGGAGGGCAAAAGGCGAGAGUAUCUCUGGCGAGAGCAGUGUAUGGAAGAUCGGACAUAUAUAUUAUGGAUGAUAUUCUUUCGGCUGUUGAUGAACAUGUUGGACGACAUCUUAUUGAUAACGUGCUUGGUGUGAAUGGUCUCCUGACCUCGAAAACCCUGAUUCUUGCAACGAACAAUAUCAAGGUGCUAGCUGAAGCGGAUAAAAUCACAAUGUUGGAAGGAAAGAAGAUCGUGGAAAGUGGCAAUUUGGCUCAAGUUUUUGAAACGAAGGGCGCCAUUUACAAGCUCAUUGAAGAGUUUGGUUCCCAACAAGAGGAGCAAGAUGUCGAUGUAGAUGAACUCCAGAAAGAGGUGCUAAAUGAUGAAAUCCAACAUAGGGAACAUGGUCCACAAGAUCUUCUAAGACGUGCUAGUAUGGAGACUUUGGCGUCCAUAUCUGACGAAGCUACCAAGGAGAUCAAGCGAACUGCAAAAGUUGAGGAGAAGUUGGAAACUGGAAAGGUUAAAACUGCUGUGUAUAAGAGAUAUUUCGAAGCUGGUGGUUAUUGGUGGUCUAUCAUAGCUAUUACCUUCUUGGUCCUUACAGCUGCCUUGGAGACCUUUGGAUCCAUUUGGUUGAAGCAAUGGUCUGAGAAAAAUAUAUCUGGAGUUUCAGGUGAAGCUAUAUACUAUCUGUCUGUUUAUAUGAUUCUCGGAGCCACGUACACAAUAUUCAAUGUGAUCGGUAUUUAUCUGGUAAUGUGCGUUGUUGGUAUCAAAGCGGCUUGUUCCAUUCAUGAUAAGAUGGCUAAAAAGGUUUUGAGUUCCCCCAUGUCAUUCUUUGAAACUACUCCACUGGGGCAGAUUUUGAAUCGAUUUACAUCAGAUGUUAGUGAACUUGACGAUAUGAUAUCAUGGACCUUACUCUCGUUCUGCUCGAUGAUUGCAAGACUGGCUUUUGCUAUGCUAAUUAUAUUCUUUUCCACUCCUUUUGUCCUAGUCGCUGCUGCGCCUCUGACUCUGUUGUAUUUGUACUAUCAGAGGAUUUAUCUGGCUACAUCUCGUCAAAUGAAGAGAUUUUCAAGUUCCGCUAGAAGCCCCAUGAUGUCCCAAUUUGAGGAAUCAUUGAAGGGUAUUAAUGUUAUUAGGGCUUAUGGAAAAGAUUCAAGAUUCGUUGCUGAAAACGACUUACGAUGCGAUUUGUAUCUACAAGCAAUUUAUAACUCCCAGUCGGUGGAUAGGUGGCUGUCUUUGAGAUUGAACUUCUUGGCUACUUUGAUUGGUUUCUUGGCUGCUCUCAGCGGAGUCUACAUGACUACGAAGGGUAGAAUGACCGAGGGUUUGAUUGGAUUGGUCAUGUCAAACGCUUUGUCCGUCACAACAUUCUUGUCAGGUAUUGUAAAGCAAACUGUUCAAAUUGAGCGUCGUGGAGUUGCCUUAGAGAGAGUGUUUCAGUAUAUUGAUUUACCAUCUGAGGGUCCAGAAAUUAUUGAGGGUAAGCGUCCAGCAGCUCAUUGGCCUUCAGAGGGAGGUAUUCAUAUUAGAAAUUACAGUGCCCGGUAUAGAGAGAACCUUGACUUGGUUCUCAAAAAUAUCAAUCUGGAAAUCAAGCCAAGAGAAAAAAUUGGAGUUGUGGGAAGAACAGGAGCCGGCAAGAGUACGUUGACAUUGUCUCUCUUUAGAAUUAUAGAACCUGCCGAUGGUGGGGUUAUUAUAGAUGGUGUUGACACCAACGAAAUAGGGUUAUUAGACCUGCGACGAAAUCUAUCCAUUAUCCCUCAAGAUGCACAGAUAUUUUCUGGUACGAUUAGAGAUAACCUUGAUCCCUUUGAUGAGCAUGAUGACACAGAAUUAUGGCGGGUCUUAGAGCUGUGUCAUUUGAAGGACCAUGUUAAUUCAAUGGGCAAUGGCCUUGAAUCUGAGCUUAGUGAUGGAGGAGAUAAUCUUAGUAGAGGACAGGCUCAACUUAUUUGUCUUGGAAGGGCUCUUCUUCACAAUUCUAAUGUACUUGUUCUUGAUGAAGCGACUGCUUCUGUCGAUGUUGAGACUGAUUCCAUUAUUCAGGAGACUAUCCGAAGUGAGUUCAAACACAAGACUAUCAUUACAAUUGCCCAUCGUCUUAAUACGGUCAUGGACAGUGACAGGAUCGCGGUCCUUGACAGUGGUGAGGUAGCUGAGUUUGAUACACCUAAAGCUCUUCUUCAAGACAAAAAUUCACUUUUCUACGCUUUAUGUGAAAAGGGAGGCUUUAUCACCGAAGACGCAAAAAGUUCAUCCUCAGCGUAG